UUAUCUUCUCUACUUCUCUCUCUCUGCGGCCUCCGCUCUCUGUUCUUGGCUUCGCUCUUCCUUCGCCAGUGUUCUGAUUUUACGUGAUGGGUGGAAGUUCAAUUGAUGAUGACUGGGAGCUUCCCUUUACUAAUGCUGCUCGCACUGUGGUCUUAGUUGGACGCACUGGUAAUGGAAAAAGUGCAACUGGAAACAGCAUUCUUGGCAAAAAAGCCUUCAAUUCCAAGCGGAGCUCUAAUGGUGUCACUAGCACUUGUGAACUGCAGACUGCUACCUUGAGAGAUGGACAAAAAGUCAAUGUUAUAGACACUCCUGGGCUUUUUGAUUAUUCUGCCAAGUCAGAGUUUAUUGGCAAAGAAAUUGUCAAAUGCAUUAAUUUGGCCAAGGAUGGGAUCCAUGCUGUUCUUGUGGUUUUCUCAACUCGAACUCGCUUUUCACAGGAAGAGGAGUCUGCAAUCCGUAGCUUGCAAACUCUAUUUGGAAGUAAAAUUUUUGACUAUAUGAUUGUUGUCUUUACGGGAGGAGAUGACUUUGAAGAAAAUGAUGAGACUUUGGAGGAUUAUUUAGGCCGUGAUUGCCCGAAGCCUUUAAAGGAAAUUCUUGGUCUCUGCGGAAAUCGCCGUGUGCUUUUUGAUAACAAGACCAAGGAUGAGAGCAAGAGGGUUGAACAAGUACAGCAGCUUCUCGCGCUUGUAAACUCGGUUUUAGCACAUAAUGGUGGGCGGCCAUACUCGGAUGAGAUAUUUGCAGAAGUGAAGAAAGGGGCUAUAAAACUUCGUGAUCAACAAGUAGAGGUUGCUUCUUUGAAGGGGUAUUCAAAGACAGAAAUAUCUCAUUUGAAUGAGCAGAUGCAGCGUGCACAUGAUCUGCAGCUUAAACGAAUUACUGAGAUGGUUGAGUCGAAGAUGAGGGAGACCACCAUGAUGCUUGAACAAAAGUUAGCAGAUGAACAUGCUGCACGACUAAAAGCAGAAGAGACUGCCUUAGAGGCUCAACAAAGGUCUGAGGAUCAAAUCCGAAAGCUUAGAGAUGAUCUACAAAAAGCAGAGGAGGAGCUUCGGAAAAGAGGCGAAACCAAGUGUGCUAUUCUUUAAUGUAAUGGUUGAUAGGCUAUGUGGAAUGAUAUAUGUUUUUUAUUUUCCGUUUUAAGGAGUUUGUGGCAACUUUUUGCGACGUCUGGUUGGUAUCCUGUGUAAAUGUGAAAGAUGCUAGCUACAGCUGCAAUUUUAGUAUCAAAACAUAUUUCCCGCUUUUUAUAUGAGAUGCUGUCUUGUUUGAGUGGGAUUUCUCU